CUCGCAUCCGCCAGAAUAUACAGGGAAAAUAUCAAUAUUCACAAUGCUGGAUGCCGCUUUAAGUUCAUAUGGUGCUCAGGUUGUCUUGGCUACAUCGAGUGAUGAGAAUUAUCCGCCACAGAAUAUAAUUGACGGAAAAACGGAGACUUUCUGGAUUUCAACCGGUUUGUUUCCACAAGAGUUUGUCAUCCGCUUUCCAGACAACAUGAAAAUAUUCACUAUUUCCAUUUACAGUUACAACAUUAAAAGGUUAAGAGUAGAAAAGGGAACAUCAGAGGAUGCUGAUAACUUUGAAACAAUUGCAGAAACAGAAUUUGAGCACACAGAGAGCAGCCUACAGACUAAUGAUAUUUCUGUAAAUGUACCAAAUGCAACACAUCUGCGGUUUCUCAUAUUGUCUGGAUAUGAUCAUUUUGUCUCUGUACACAAAGUUAGUGUACAAUCAUGAGACCUCCUUUUGUGUUGUUUUAUAUAAUCGCCUGUAUUUACUUAUGGAAAUGGCUCAACAGCUGAAUUAUCAUUCAUUGUUAUUUAUCAAAGUUUAUAAUUGUAUAUUUUUCUAAACCAAUAAACCUUGUUUCACCUCUUCUGUUUUUGUAA